AUAUAUAUAUGAAUCAGAAUGAAUAAAACAGGGAAUGCCCGGCUUUUUACAUUUAUCACAUUUUAUUUUCUAAGGUUACCUGACAAUCUAGCGUGAAAUCGUGGCAUUGUGUCCCAAUUCAGGACGGUCAUUUCUAAGAUAUCAAAUGAAAGAAAACAAACAGCAAGAAGACGACCUAAUAUACGCUUUACAUUGUUUUUAUCUAGAAUUUGUUUUUAUCAGAGAUCUGUCGAGAUUCUUUUGAUCCGCGGAUUUCACAUGUCAAAGUGACGUUCGAUAGUAAAUUGUUUCUGCCGAAGAAUGUAUUGCGUGAGAUCAUGAAAUUCUACGAGAAUCCCGAUUGUGUGCCUUUGGAGGAGCUGCAGUUAAAUAUCAAGAAUGAUGGAGUGGUUAUGGUGAUACGUGCACUUAAUGCAAAGUGGGCAGACAAGCGCAUCUUAGUACGUUACGAAGCACCAGAGAUAUACAAGAGCGAUGGGUCGGAAAUUGAGGGUGCUCGAGAACGUUGGUUGGAGAUUGCCGGCUAUAUCAUUGAAGAUCUAAGCUGGCUACUUGAGCUUCCAUUUUAUCGAUUCUGGUCCAACGUUGUAUACAAUACUUCUAUCAUAGAUACGCUCGUAUCUUUUUUACAAGAGGCCCCACCUUUCUAUGCGCUAGAGAGUUUUCCUAAUAUUCCAGAGAUGCUUAAAGUAUUAGAAGAUCUGUGUCGUAACGUGCUUAUGGUCUUUGCUCGUCUCGUCACGAACAAAGAAAGCUCAACGGAAUACAUGAGCUUACCAUUUUUUGGCAGUUUAUUGUACGAUAAUUAUAUAUUCACAAUACCUAUCAUAUUUGAUUUGUGCCAGCUAUACGGUAGAGAAAAUGCCAAAGUUACAAAGAAAGUUGUACAUAACAUAUUUAGUGCACAGUCGAUGUACAAUGAUGAUCUGAAAAAAUCUGUACCAUGUCUUAUAAAGGCCCUUGAAAAUGUCGAACGACGAUUUGGUGGCUGUUUGAACGAUGCAUCCGAGGCAGUAGCGCUUCCAGAGAGAAGUGACGGUUUCGUCGAAAUGACGUUAUGUAACUUAGAAGACCUGAUACUUUAUACUUUAGAUGUAUCAUCGACUCUCGCUGUAUUAUUAAGGUGCUACUCUCCAGUGGUCGCUACAUUUCACAGGGAUGACUUCAUGAACAAAAUAAUUUCAUUUUAUGGAAGUACAAUACCAGAAAUGUACAAGAAAUUAGAUAAGUUAGCAUAUAAUGAUGAUAGCAUGCCAAAGUACAUGGAAUUGAAGCACCGUCUGGACGUAACCAGAGUAGAACUGUUGAAUCUUUAUCGAAUUAUUGUAUAUGAGCCUAUAUUAAAUAUUCAGGAAAAGAUAAACACAAUAACAGAGAGUGAGAUCAGAGAGUACAUAGACGCGUAUUUAGAUUUACUGAUGAACGCUAUAUCGGAAAAGGAAUUUAUUAUGGAUUAUCAUCAAUUUUACCCGAUUAACUGUGAUCUCGAAACUAUAUCUAAACUUUAUCCCGAAAUUGAUACCAUAAAACGCGAAUACAUCCUGCAAUUGCUGUCAACGUCAAUUGGGAACGACAAGAUAUCGACUAGUGCAUUUUACAAUAACGUAAAUGAGUUUGUUGCUGGAUCUAGCGGCAUGCAAAAUAAUCAACAAGAACAUUCCAGUGACGCGAAUUGCACGAACAAUAAGGUGAAAUCUGCUUCAACCAAUUCUAAUGAAGUAAUGUCUCUCAUUUCUCAAGUAAAAGAAAUUUUAUGCGAUUAUGGAGAAGGUUUCAUACAGCAAUGUCUAACUUACUAUAACAAUGAUGUUGCAUCUGUAAUAGAUGCUGUUAUAGAGAACAAGUUACCACCUGAGCUAAAAGAAAUUGAUAGAACGUUACCGUACAUACCACCGGAUACAAUGGAACAGUCAGCUGCUACGGAUUUGGCUGUUAGUGAUGCAAUGUCAGUUUUUAAUAAUGAAUUUGAUAUACCAACACUUGAUGAUACGAGGAUCUAUAGAAGGAAAAAAAAAAAUAAGUACGGAAAUGCAAAUGAAAUAUUGAACGAUAAAUCUGAAAUUAAUGAAUCCCGGAGUAUUUAUGACAAGUACAGUAUUAUUGAUGAUUACGAUGAUGAAUACGACGACACGUACGACAGCCAUAACAUUGGUGGUAAUGCCCAGGACGAUUCUACGGAAGUAGGUGUUCGGCCUUUCACCAUUCCACGGAUCCUUCGUGCGAACGAUAAGAAUAAUACUAGCUCCGAGGAUGACGUCGAGGUUGAGGAGGAAAAACCAGUCCAAAAUAAUGACCAUUUCAUACAAAAUCCGGCAGAAUUGCGUGCAAAGGCCGAACAGCGAAGGCAGUCGACGAGGAGAAACGGAAACACGCCUGACGUAGUUGGAAAAACCAGAGGUAAAGGACAGGACAAAAGUGUCCUGACCAACCGGCACAAGAAGAACGUGCACAAAGAUACGCACGGCAAUCACAAUCGCCGUAUGGGCUCACAGAUAAAAAAGAGGCAGGGCAUGAUACCGUCUUAGGGUCCGCACUUUUUCACGAACGCGGAAAUUCCGUAGUGUACAUACAUACCGUGAUGUAUUAUAAGCCUACAGUUUAUUGUUUAAUAAUUGUCCCACUUCGCAAAUAAAAGAGGCACUCGCGCAA